GACAUACGGUUAAUUCGUCUGAAGGAGAUCAACGAUCGGGUGCUGUUGGAGAAACAGAUCAAACAACGGCAGUUUCUUCGGAAGGAGCAAAAGCGAGCAAGGUUGUUUAAUCAUAUCGUGGCAGAAAUCAGUGCGGAAUGUCUAGAACAGGAGGAACUGGUACCGCAUCCAGACUACACAUGUCCGCCUUGCUCUCCUCUACCACUUUCUUCCGAUGCCACCGGUCGGUCGACCAUUUCCACCGGCUUCACGAGACGUUUCGAUGAAGAGAAGGUAGCCAAUUCAGCCCGGAGCUUACAAUUGUAUAGUUAUCCCCACUUUGUGGCAAACGCCAGAAAGGUUGCUACAGCAAAGACAGAACGUGAGACCAAUCGAGUGAGACCCCAAAUCGGACGUCGUGCGUUUGCGCGACUCGAACGCCAACGUGUGCGUGCAAAAUGCCAGAUUUUGGAGGACACCCUAAUAUCUGAAAGAAUAAAGGAAAGCGCCGAGAAGGACUUUCUUUCAAAAAUAGAACAAACAGUGAACUCGAGUGAACCGGAUCAUGAAUUUCUGUCUAAGUCUCCGUCAGAGAGCGAACCCGAAUGCAGCACUGUUGCCCGAUUGUCAACAGUGACUUGCCUUCACAAUGAAGAAGAGGAUCCACCCACCCCCGAAACGGACGAAUCAAGCAUUUUGAACGAGGAAGUCCUAAAAAUGUGGCAGGAUCUGAUGCGACAGAUGAAAAUCCCCCUCCCAACACUUUGUCUCUGUUCUCGAUACAUCCGCUCGACUGCAACAAUCCCACCUUGGCUUAGCUGUGCCGAUAAUUGCCCCUACUUCCACAGGCCCGAAGCUUACCUGAAGGCACUGUUGGACUAUAUUCACUCAAUGGACUAAGGAAUUUCGGGAAGAUUUUGACGUCCCAUGGAAUGAUUGGUUUUGAGACCGGUCUCUUUUCUCGCAAACUAUGGUCAAUCUCACAGAAUGCGGUUUUCGAACAAGUAGGAGAUUAUUUCGUUUUUUGCAGACUUCAGUGUAAACUUGAAUUCAGUCAAGCGUAUUUUAUCAGAAGAAAAUAUUCAGUGGGUUGCGCAUUCUUCCAAGUUUUUAGUGCAAGAUAACACUGUAAAAU